AUGGCCGAAUCCAGCACCACCAAGGUCACGUUCAGAUUUUGCCGCGAAUGCAGCAACAUGCUGUAUCCCAAGGAAGAUCGCGAGGGUAGCCAGCUCAUGUUCGCCUGUCGCACCUGCGAAUACAGCGAGCCCGCGACCGCAUCCUGCAUUUGGCGCAACUCGCUCAAGGAAGACAUCAAGGAGACUGCCGGAAACAUCGACGACGUCGCUCAGGAUCCUACGCUCCCCCACGCCGCCGUCGAGUGCAAGGCAUGCCACGCGCGCGAUGCCGUCUUCUUCCAGUCUCAACAGCGAACACCCGAGACUGGAAUGGCUCUCUUCUACGUGUGCUGCGAAUGUGGAGAACAGUGGUCCACGCUUGACGAGAAGAAGUAG